AUGAUACGACCACUUGUUAAGGUUGUCUGCCCAUGUGAUAAUUAUGCGUACUAUUCUGUAAACACCGUUACUCAUUUGUUCUGUGUUAUCUUAGACGUGCAGGCUGCUUGUCAGGAUGCCACUGUCACGCAGGAGCUUCUGAAAGAGGGGUUUCACAGGGACCUGCUGGUGAAGGUAGAACUUGGUGUAGUGGGGGAGGAUGCAGGAGGAUGUGCAGUGGCAGCUAGAACUCGUCUUCCACCAGGAAUCUACGUGGAUCCCUACGAGCUGGCAUCGCUGCAGCAGCACAAUUUAACAAAGGUGGUGUUAAUUCCUGAUGUCAUCGAUGUGGAGGCUCCUGAGUACUUAGCCACAGAUCUUCUUGUUCUCUUGUACAUGGAACCUGACCCUCGGUGCUCUCGCUGUUUUAGAGCUGCCUUGCCUGUGCAUGGGCGGUACCACCGGCCGGCAGAAGAGAGUGAGGAAGCUUUGGUUGUUCUGAAGAGCCCAGAAGUACUGGUCUGCUGCUGUCACAAUCGCCUGUCAGCAGAGUGUUGGAAGCCUGCUGAAGUGGAAGCUCCCUGUUCAGGCAAAAACGUCAGUCCCUGUCAGUGGUACAGCGUAACGUACAAACCUGUAUAUAAGGAAUUGAUUCUGCAGGUUCCAGUGGGGCUCAGGCAACAUAGUUCCUUAGUGUGUGUCGUGACUCUUCUUGCCACAGUACUCUGUUCCAGUCUGAUUCUUGCAGCUGUAUGCAAAUACGGACACUUCUCUCCUGUGACCUACUCAGAAUAAAGAAAUACAGAAUGACUGAUCUCCGUCCAGCAAAACUCACUGAAUCAGCUUCCUAAACGAAUCCUACUCUACUGUUAUUUAUAUCUCGCUAAUGCGUGAGGAUCCCAUAAUGGGUUAUAGUUUCCUUGGCCUAAUUCUUACAAACGCUUUUCACACAUAGAAAACUGUUUUGGUGCAUUGUCAAUAGACAAAGCAGAUGGAGGGUAGGAAUAGCACUGCAAAAAGGUGGAAGGAUUGCCACAGUCUUGGUUCCAAUUCCUUCCCCCUGGCCCAGAGCCUGCUUUGACUACAGUGCUGCCUCUUGCAGAGGUGUUUGUAUUUCUUGAAUUUAAACCAACUGACUUGGGGAUUGGUCAUUAAGGGUUUGAAAACUGUCAUUAAAGUUUCUGAAUUUUAA